AUGAGAUUGGAUGACCUACCGACCAGUAUCACUUUUUCUUCGCAAGCUAUGGCUGCACUGUCUCAGUCGGAGCUGCAAACACGCUAUCUAACAGAAUCCUUCUCUAUUCUUGCCUACGGUGUAGCUCCUGAGGGAGCUAAUGUCUUCUAUUCAGACGUUGUUUUCAAAAACUCCGGAAUUAUCGCUACAGCCACUGACAAGGAUUACACCUUUGACCCUGACACCUCCUUAUACAUCCGUCCCACACCCAAUAAGGUGCUACCUGUAGGUUUCACUGGGAAUGAUGUCGAUACACCGGACGAUGCGAAGGUAGAUCAAUUUCUUUCCUAUGGCAGGUAUCUCAUGUGGCAAAAUGAGAAUGGCCUGCUAUGCGAUUCGUUCCGUCUGAAGGGUACGCAUGUCGACGGCAUUUACCAGCUCUACUGGGAUACCUCGAACCUUUUUCCUCCCGGGUUCUUGAUUCCGACCGUGAAGCCAUCGGUUUAA